AUGUCUCUGAUUCUGCUGAUAUUAAUCGUGCCUUUGGCUUUCUGCCAAAACGCUGCCGAUCUCGAAUUCUCACCGUACGUCUACUCGGCAGUUAGAAUUCCAUUUAAGAACUCAAACUAUGCAAAGGAUUGGUUCGGUUCCGAUGUGGCUCUGGUUCAACAUCCCCUCUUAGCUCCGGCAAAGCCGUCAAAACCGGGUAAUGCAGCUGUGCUGCCGACUAUCGCGCCGUACGUGGUCUCAUGGAAGAAUUUGGACGACACCCACAUCAACGACGAGAACGUUUGGAAUUUCGAGAAACGCGUUGACAGCAAAGUCUGGUGGCCCAGUUGA